AUGAUCAGGCAAGAAUUAAUGUUAGAAUCAGAUGAAAAAAUUGCCACUGAUAUUGAAGAAUAAUCUUAUUGUUAGUCUGAUUUGUAAAAUGCUAACUAAAUUACUGAGAGCAAAAACAGUCUUGCAAAUGACUCAAAUGAAAACUUACUCCAUGAUAAUAAUAUUGAGAGAAAUGAUGGAGCUUUGAGGGUUAUUCACAAUCUAAGAAUAAAAAAAACUAUCGCUAAAUUAAGCAAAUCGCAGUCAAAAAGAUUCACUAAAAAGUAGUUAAUGAUAGUACCUUAUUAGCCAUUAUUUAAAGAGAUUAGUUAAGAUCAUUUAAUCACUUUAUAUGGAUGCUUAGAAGUAGAGACCUACUAUAAAGACUAUGAGGAUCCUUUUCAUGAUAAUUUAAUUUUAUAUGUUGAAAGAAUGCAUAGCCCUAUAUAUGUGGUUAAAGAUUUCUAAUUAUCAGUUGUUGAUAUAGUUUUAAACCCUUUAUCCUCUUGCGGUAUUGUGGAUUUUUAAUUUCUAAUUGAUAGGUUCAUUAAGAUGUAAAAUUAAGACUAUCUUGAGCUUGCUUAAGAGUUAACAGUAUAUUAAUAUAUAGUAAAAAGUUAUUUGUUACCUCAAAUAUCUAUUUAGAAGGCUAAAAUGAUAAAGAGUGCCAAAAAGAAAGAGGAUUUUGCGUAGUUGUAAGAGCAAUUUGUUAAAUAUUUUAAGUAAUGGAUUAAGGAUAAUUUAGAUCCUUCAGCAUUUUAUGAUUAUGAACUUUACAGAACUAACUACAUAACAGGUGAAAUUGAAUUAUUUAAAUCUGGAUUUAGCUUCUCUCUAUGUAGUUUGCUAGGCAUUGAAAUCAACUAAAUAGAAAAUUUAGUAUAUCGUGGUUAAAACUACUAUAACGAAAAAACAGGGGAUUUUCGCUUGAAAUUUUUUUUACUAGUUAUGUAAGCCCUAAACAAUGAAAUAAAAGAAACAGAACCAUAACCAUUUAUUCUAAGAACAUAUGAUGGGAUUGUUAUAAACUGCAAGGUAGUUUUAUAGCAAGUAACUUUUGAUGAUAGGCCAAGUUGGAUAGAAAAGUACGAUUUAUAUGGUCUAAUAAUUCGUUUCGAUAUAAGUGUUCAAUAAAUAAAAGCUAUUUUAGACAUUAGAACAAGCUAAAACAAUUUAGAUUUAGAAUAAAAUUCAGUUUAAGCUCCAUUUUCAGUAGAAUAUCAAAUGUAUUCUGAGUUAUUCUUGGAGAAAUUCUAUCCUGAACUUUUUAAUAGUAAUAUAUUUGAAAAUGAUAAAAAUAAUAAAUAAAAUAGAAAGCCUCCAGUAAGAAAAGGAAUAGUAAUUAGCUGA